CGAAGUUGCGACCAUAUAUCGGGAGCGCCACCCGAAAAGCUUCUAGAGUCUUCUAAACCCGAAAGCAAAAGCCUCUCCUCAAGAACCCAAUUGGUGUUCUGACGGAAACACCCUCCCCAAGACGACCAAAAUAUUCCCAUCCGCAAGGGUAAUUUCGUCACCCGGAAAAUCCCACCGGCAAGAACCUUGUUUCGUGUCUCUGUUUUUCUUUCUCUCCAAGCACAACAUUUUUCUCUCACUUCCCUUCACAAACCCCUCCCCCUACAAGGCCACCGCAGUCUCUCUCUCUCUAGAUUCCCAAAUUUUGAUUCCCAUUUUGCCCCUCGAAUUCCCCCGCCAUGUUCGUGCCCAGGGUUUUAGCUCGGGCCUCGAGGACCCUCCCGAGGAGCGCAAUGUUCGUGGCUGCUCCACAGAAUCAUCACUUGCCAAUCCUGUGCAAUCAGUCCCAUGCUCUGAUCCACGAAUUUUCCUCCAAGAUUGUUCCGAGGCAGGUGUCCCUAUUGCAUCAUGCAACCCCAACUUCUUCUAUCUCUCAAAUAUUUGGGUUCUCUUCUUCUGCAUCGCCUCAGCCUGAAAAGGAACAUGGAACUGCUGUAGAGAAUGGUGGCGCUUCAAUAAAUGGAGAGCCAGAAAAAGCAAGUGGAGAUGCGAAAGUUGCUGAUCAAACGAAAGAGUCAGGUUAUAUAUCAGAUUCCCAGUCUACCAUGUCUCCGCCUGUCAAAAGAAGGAGAGGAGGUACUAAACGAACUGCAUUUUCUGAUUCAGAUUCAGAGAGUGAGGGUGAUUUAACUAUGGAUGACCUGGUAAAACUUGUGACUGAGAAGGAAGAUCUUCUGAAGGAGAAACAUGAAGAAUUCAAGAAAAUGCAAGAUAAAUUCCUCCGAAGUUACGCAGAGAUUGAAAACGUCAUGGAGAGAACAAAGCGUGAAGCAGAGAAUUCAAAGAAAUUUGCCAUACAGAAUUUUGCAAAGAGUUUACUAGAUGUUGCAGACAAUCUGGCCAGAGCUUCUUCAGUUGUCAAAGAAAGUUUCUCAAAACUUGACGAGUCCAAGGACUCUGGUGGAGCAUUCCCACUUCUGAAAACACUUCUAGAAGGUGUUGAAAUGACCGAGAAACAACUUUUAGAGGUAUUUAGAAAGUACGGAGUAGAAAAGUAUGAUCCUACAAAUGAAGCAUUUGACCCAAACAGGCAUAACGCAGUAUUCAGUUUACAAGAUGCUUCCAAGCCUCCAGGCACUGUUGCGGUGGUUCUCAAGGCGGGAUACAUGCUUCAUGAACGAGUUGUUCGGCCAGCUGAGGUUGGUGUAACUACGGAAGCGGAGAACAACGCAGACAAUUAAAUGGCAGCUAACAAAAUUUUCCAAGUUACGGCUUCGCGGUGCAACAGAUAAAGUUACAAUUUAUUUUUUCCGCUUAUGUUUGAGAAACUUGAAUAAGAUUAAAUCUUAUUCCUGUGACUUAAAAAGAGUCCAAACUUUAUUUUUCAGCCUGACAAUUUUUUCCGCCCAAUCAUAUAUAUUAGUUUUGUAAUAUAUUCCUCUUGUUUUAAGUUUUCGAGAGGUUCAACUUUUGAGCUUGUUGAUGGUAACCAAGAUUAAACAGUUGCUUCUGCUUUCGGUUUU